UAUUAUUAUAAAAGAAAUGUUUUAAACAUUUGACAAUAAGAUUAAACGCAGCACUCAAAUGACAAAACUUUAUUCGUGAUUUCGGAAAGAUCUUUGGCGGGCGGAAAUUUGAAAUUUGAUAUACCAAUACCUCGUUUUUUGAUGGAAGAAACUUUGUUAAAAGUACAAUAUGUAGAACAAAUUUGCAAAAGUGGCAUUCCAGUAGAUAUUUUAACACCUGAUUCAAUAAAAAACGAAAAUGAUUCUAAUAUAAAAUUUUGGAUAGAAACACAUAUAAGUAAAUUUAGAUGCAUGUACAUGUUUAAUGCACUCCAGCAUAUGCGUUUAUCUAGAAAUUUGUUUAAGGCACACUUAAAAAAUAGCAUAAUUAUACCAAUUAUUGUUAAAUACAAAGAAAUUAUUCAAGAAAUAUUAGCUCUGUUAUACUCACUAGGAGUGAGAGAAUUAAAUGGAUUAUGGUUACUUUAUGUUUACAUUGAAAUACUAUUAGCGCAUUUAGCGGAAAAAGAUUUCUUGAAUAUUUUAAAUACGAGAAAUUUUGAGUUAUUGUCAUAUCAAAAUUCUAUACUAAAUCGUCUAGAAUUUUUAUCCCGUUCACCUUAUUGUGAGAAUAGCACAAGUUAUCAAUGUGAUUUUAAAAGUACUGAUUAUGAUGUCCAAGAAUGUGAGGAUGGAGAUAAAGAAGAAUGUUUAAAAAAAGUAGAGUUAUUAGUAGAUAAAAAUAUCAGUAACAUUCACGACUUAAAGAAAAAAUUAGCAGAUAAUGGAAUUGUUUCUAAUAACCUGGAAUGGUUUUCUAUUGAACGGUUAUACAUUAAUGAUGUAGUUAAAUCAGACACGUUUAUCAAAACUUUAAUAGAGACAUUUAAUGUUGAUAUCGAGUGGAAUUCAGUUCAGAACGACUUAAUAAAUUUUAAUAUUCAAAGCCAUAACAUACAUUUUUUGUUAUUUGGUUCCAUUAAUUUAAGAUUCUACCAAAGCUCGUUUUUGGGUUUUAUAAAAUUAUUUAUUAUUCGGAUGACACGAAGGCAUUUCAUGUACAUACGUGAUGAAUAUACUCCAUUAAAAAAAUGUAUUAAUAAACUCGCGAACAAAGAAGAUAAACAAGUAAGGUACACUAUUGAAAUAGAAAGAAUGUUGCUUAAGUUUAUUAAUUUCUUUGAUUUACCAAAGGACGACGAAUUACAGGAAAUUAUCAAAAUAUUAUAUAAACCUAAAAGAUAUAUUAACCAAGAUCCUUUAUCAAGUUCUAUGUAUGAUGAACCCAUUGAAAACUCAUUGAAUAAAAUAAAAAAUCUUGAAAAAAAUAUUAUUAGAAAUCAUUUUCCAAACGUACAACUCAAAUCUCUCUCUUUGAACAAACCAAAAUCUGCUACAUUUUAUCGAACGUUAGGUUUUGCUGUUUCCCAAAACAUAAAUCUUGGUCAUAAUUUAAUGGAAUUUUUGGAUUUUAAUUCAAUAGAUUUAAAUUUAAUGAUGAUAAAAGUAUUUUAUAAAUAUUUAAAAUAUAAUAACGUAUUUCAAAAUAUUAAUUUUGACGUAAUUAUAUCGUUUCUAACAUCUUUAGAGUCACAUUGUUACCUAAGAGUUCCAAUCGAAUUGGUCUAUAAAUAUAAUGAUAAAGAACUCGCUGAAAAAAUGAGAAUAUACUAAAUAAAAAAAAACAUUAUUUAAUAAAAUUAUUCAUUGUCUUUAAAUAUUUUUCAUUAUGGAGACAUUUUUUAGAUUCAGGUAUUCAUUUAUUUAGUUUUUGAUAAAUUUAACUAUAAAUUUUGUCCAUUAACAUUUAUUUAAAAAAUAAAAAAUAUUUAAGACAUUAUAUACCAUAUUUUUUUAUCUUGCACAAUUUAUUAGAUAGUUUAAUACAAUGAAAUAUUACAUAUUUACAAAAGAAGCCUGACUGGACUAUUGUAUUAUUUUAGUUAACUGUUGCCUUAUAGAACUAACCACUUUUUAAUUAGUUAUGGCACAUUCUGAAAGUAAGUAGAAGAAUUUUUAUCUGUGAAUUAUGGUUAAAAUACCUCUAAAAUAAUACCCCUAAUUAACCUAGUCUUUAAUCUACCCUCAAAUAUAAUUUUUCUUAGAAUAAACUUGAUAUUUACAAUGGUUUAAAAAAAUUUAUGUGACCAGUUUCUUGAUGGUUUUUUUUGUGUUUAUUAUUAUCAAAUAGUGACAAUGUCUAAGUUUUUGAUCUGUAUUUUCAUAAACAUUCAACGCUUACUCAAAGAGACUUCACAGCAGGUUGAUUAAUUAAAGAAUUAAAACAUCCAUUUCCUUAUAAUUUAUUAUAAAAAAUAUAAUAUUUAUAACUCAUUAUUUUGCCUAUAAAUAUCAUGGUCAUAAUUCAGAAUUUAUUGUAUAAAUAUGUAUACAAAAUUGGUUA